AAGUGGCUGCUCAAAAAGUGUCGCUGCCUUUCUAGGCACCUCACUAGGUUUUGCGACAUAUCCCGUGUUUACCUGUCUCGUUCAUCUAUUCUACCGUCGGAAAUACGGAUUCAUAUUUAUUUAAUUCUUUGCAUGCGAGGUUAAUUUUUACCUCGUUUAAAUCGUUUUAUUUCAAAAGAUUUAAUCCGUUCUCUUUUUUUUUAUCUUGUGGUGUAAGAACAUAUUAGCCGCGAGUCUCGCGCAUACAUUGCGUUUAUAAGAAGAACGCUGAGUAUUUUACACCUGAGCGCGAGACUCACAGGUGAAAUAUGCGCUCGAGUGUGUCGCGCUGAUUGGAUGAGAGUCCCGCCGGUUUGCUUUAUCGAUUGACGGUGACGCACGGAGGAGCCCGAUAAAUCAUCCUGCCGUCCCGGCUGAGAGAGAGAGAGAGAGAGAGGGUUCGUGUUCUUGACUAAGUUUGUGGUUCUGUUACAGCACCCCUCGGCAACCCGGACGGAAGCGAGAGAACCGAAUAAAUCGCACCUGCCCCGGGACAAUGAUACUGUUGGUCUUCAGACUUCUCUGUCUUUGCAUUUUGUCGAUGGGCAGCUUUUCUGCGUCUGUUACUCAGGCCACCCUCCAAUCAGAUGUGCAGUGUUAUGACUGGGGCGUGUGGAGUGGGGGAUCGGUGCGUGUGUAUGAUGGAGAGGUGGCGUGGCUGUACUGUCCUCUCUUCUCUUAUCCGACGCUCUACAUCUACAGUCAGAUUCAGAACAGCAGUCUGUCACUGUUGUGGUACAGACACACACACACACACGAGCUGGAGCAGCCCAUCAACCUCAAACUACAAACACUGCAUAAAGACCGAGAAUAUCUGUGGAUUCAACCGGCCACAGAGCAGGACGCUGGACAGUACAUCUGCAUGCUCCGCAACAUUUCAUCAUGUGUAAAGAUCGGUGUGGAGCUGGAGGUGAUUCAUCGGGAUGGAGAGUGUGACAUUAAAGCUCAACCACACCUGAACAUAUCUAUACCGUUCCAAAUUGAACGCACCCUCACCUGUCCUGACCUGCACACACUCACGCUGCCCAACAGCACACACUCCGUCACCUGGUACCAUUGGUGCAGGACUGAUGCAUUUUUGUUUAAAAUGGACAGAGAGCUGAAAGGUGAUGACGUUGUGAUCUACAGGAUGCUGGAUCCCUACGCUGGUGUCUACACAUGUGUGGUUUCAUACCAGAUGAACGGACGCUUGCUCAAUUUCACACGCACAAUAAACGUCACAGCUGUUGUUCCUGAUAUUGGCAAUAAAGAGCCCUUUAUUUUGAAUCCUGCUAAAGAUCAGAUCUACUCCGUCACUCUGGGUAGACGGGCGGAACUGUCCUGUCGAGUAAAGCUGCCUCACCUAUAUGAUGAAAAGCAAGAGAUUUGGUGGACUAUUGAUAACAGAACUGUGGAACAACUCGCCGACUCACGAUUCACCUCACCGGAGGCCGAGAUUGUGUCUGAUUAUUACGGCGAUCAGAUAAAACAGAGGUUCCUGUACGUCAUGGAUUUCUCAGCUGAUGACCUGAAGAGAGAGUUUCAAUGCUCUACCAGAAACAGUCGCGGCUUCAACACCAGUAGAGCUGUACUCAAGGCAGAAUUGUAUGUCCCCACUCUGGAGUUGGGUUGUGGGUUAGGUGUGACUCUCGCCCUCAUGUUGAUGAUGUUUGUCAUCUAUCACGUGUUCUGGCUUGAACUUCUGCUGCUGUACCGCUCCUGGUUUGGCACUGAUGAGAGCUUCACAGAUGAUAAGAAGUAUGACGUGUACAUCUCGUACGCCCGGAACAGCGAGGAGGAAGAGUUUGUGCUGUCCACGUUGCGUCGAGUUCUGGAGACAGAAUUCGGUUACUCUGUCUGUAUAUUCGACCGAGACAGUCUCCCAGGAGGGACUAUAACAGAUGAUACACUGAGGUUUGUGGGUCAGAGUCGCAGGCUGGUGGUUGUUGUCAGUCCGAGUAGUGCCGUCCGCGGGACGCAGGCCCUGCUCGAGCUGCAGGCCGGGUUAACCAGCAUGCUGCAUGGUGGCAGUCUCAGAGUGGUUCUGAUCCAGUUUAAACCGGUUCGGCGGAAGAGCUGGGUCAAAGAGCUGCGGCGUGCCCGGCUGGCACUGACCCUCAUACGCUGGCAGGGAGAGAAAUCGGCUCCGAUCUCCUCACGAUUCUGGAAACAUCUACAACUGGAGCUGCCCAUGAGGAGAAACACACACACACCACUGACAGAGAAUACACACAACACUGACACGCAACUCACAGAUAUCACACACACACGCAACUCACAUUAACAUAAGACAUUAACUCAAAUGCACCCGACACACACACACACACACACACACAAAACACACAUCGUGGAAAAGAGUAGCUUAUAGAUGCUUAUUCUUCAAGUGCGUUACAGUACAGACAUAUUUACAGAGUGAACUGCAAUUUGUUAAACGUUAAAAAAGGUAUUUUUUUGCAAAAGAUGACAAUAUUUAUUGCAUCAUAAUAAUAAGAGAAUUUUUGAAGACUCAUGCCGUUUUGUUUACUUAUUAUUAUUCUUUUUAUUUAUUCAUUUAGUGACGAAGAUUGCUUGCAAGGGAGGUGUGUUCAAAAGCAUUUGUCAGUACUUAAAAAGAAAAGUAUCGUAUUACUUAAUCACUUUUCAGGUAUCCGUUGUAUUAUGGUGUAAUUAUAAGAGUAACAUACGUUAAACUUGUUACUUUUGAAAGUGCAAUGAUUAUAAAAUGUGUCAUUUGUUAUCGCUAACUCUGGUAAUGUAAAGUUUUGUAAUGUCACUGCAGCUGGAGACAAGUACAUCUGGCUGCAGC